UUAAAAAUAAAUUAAAAAACCAUGGAAACAUUCAAGUCAAAAUAAAUAAAAUUAAACGAUUUCGAAGUAUUAUAAACAUUAGGGACAGGUUCAUUCGGAAGAGUAAGGCUUGCAAAAUAAAAAUCUUCAGGAGAAUAUGUUGCUUUAAAAAUGCUAAAAAAGGCUGAAAUUUUGCGUCUAAAAUAAGUGGAUCAUAUAAUAUCAGAAAAUACUAUUUUAUCAAAUAUAAAUCAUCCAUUUUUAAUUAAAAUGCUUGGUUUUUCAUAAGAUGAUAGAUAUCUUUAUUUUGUAUUAGAAUACGUAUAAGGAGGUGAAUUGUUUACCUAUUUAAGAAGCAAAGGAAACUUAGAAAAUAAUGAAGCUUUAUUUUAUGCAGCAUAAGUUGUUUCUAUGUUUGAAUAUUUACAUGGAAAAAAUAUCAUUUAUCGAGAUUUAAAACCAGAAAAUAUUUUAAUUGGAGCAGAUGGUUAUUUAAAAUUAACAGAUUUUGGUUUUGCUAAAUAUUGUGAUUCAAGAACUUAUACUCUAUGUGGAACACCUGAAUAUUUAGCACCAGAAAUAUUACUUAAUAAAGGACAUGGAAAACCUGUAGACUGGUGGUGUUUAGGAAUUUUAAUAUAUGAAAUGUUAGCAGGUAUUGAUCCAUUUAAUGAUGAAGAUCCAAUGGCUAUAUAUCAAAAAAUAUUAAAAGGAAAAGUUAAAUUUCCAAGAAACUUUGAUAAAAACGCUAAAAGUUUAGUCAAACAUCUUUUAGUUGCUGAUUUAACUAAAAGAUAUGGAAACUUAAAAGGAGGUGUUAAUGAUAUUAAAACUCAUAGAAUGUUUGGAGAUAUUGAUUGGGACGCUUUAAAUUAAAAAAAAGUACCUGUUAUUUAUAAACCUGCUAUUAAAGGCAAAAAUGAUACUUCUAAUUAUGGAAGUUAUCCUGAUUCUACUGAAUUACCUAAAGCUAUCAAAAGCAACGAGGAUCCUUUUUUAAACUGGUGAAGAUUAUUUUAUUAUUUUUUUACUUUUUAUUAAUAUUUAAUAAUCUUUAUUGAUAAAU